AUGAGUUUCAAUAUUUUCCAGGCGUGUGAGCACGGCGAUGUGAAUGCCGUCCGCACGUUGCUCGACGAGCAGCCAGACCUUGUCCACGCUGUUGACGCCUCCAACAACACUCCUUUGACACAGGCUCUUCAGCGUGGAAAUGUGGACAUCGUACGUGAACUCAUCACACGACAUGCCGACCCGCGCAAGGCGCAAGUGACUGUGGCACAGACCGAGCAGAACGCAGAGGCGUUUGCUCUCGUACGCGAGGCCUCUCUGCGCGCUGAUACUAUGAUUGCGAAUCAGUCAAAACCUUCUGCAGAGGCACCUGCAUCUAGCGAGAAUAACAAUGCGCCGCCUGCGAAUCUGCCGCCCCCAGAAAUUGCACGAAUGAUCCCUUGCAAGUUUUUCCCCAACUGUCGCUACGGUGAGCGCUGCAUAUUUCAGCAUCCGGUCAGCGUACCCCUUAACGCACAGGAUGGCACGUUCCUUCCGACGCCCCCUGGCAUGUUUUUCGCCGCGCCCAACGGUAUGCCGCUGCAGCCGCCGCCGAACCUAUAUGGAGUGCCUGCGCCCUACAUGGACAUGAGUCACCCCAUGUUCCAAGUUCCUUUUGGGCCGAAUGGUGUGCCGAUGUACCCAGCUCCCAUAAACGCGAUGCCCGGCGCAACGGAGACCAACGGCGUGGCUGACUCAGUCAAGCACUCUUUCCAAGACGCUGAGGCCCAAAGCCAGUCCCAACCAGAUGACCAAGCCAUGGGUGGCACGACCGACACAGCAACGCAGACGAUCCAAUCGAACAAGAAAGCAGGCAAGACAACUCGUCAUGACUCGACGCAGCGCGGUCGCCCGAAUGGCGUGCGUCCCUCGUGUGCCUUCUUCGCUCGAUCUGCUUGCCGGUAUUCUAAUGAGUGCCGGUUUCCUCAUGUGCUUCCGGACGGCACAGAUGCCAGGAAUAUCCCAAGUGAUCAGGACGCCAGGCUGAACAAGAACACCGCUCGCCGCACGAACCAGAGCUCGGAUCGCAGAAACUCGGACGGAGAAGGGAGCUCCAGUGGAAGCAUGACGCCUCAGACAAAGAAGGGUAACAACGCUCGUCGCCCAAGUAAUGCGAAUCAUGUACGUGGUAAGGGCUCGCGCCGUUCCACCGCACAGCCUUCUCAAGCGAGCCGCAAGACGCCCGCACAGCGCGUGCCGAAUAGUGAUGAGUUCCCUGCCUUGCCUGGCGGUACGCCAUCGGAGCCAACAGCUGUGCAGAACAAGUCUUACAAGGCCAACUUUUCUGCUAUUCUUAGCGCACCUGCUCCACCCAAACCAGCCAAGGCACCCAGUACGGACAACCAGUCCAAGCCCUCUCCUUCCCAGACGACGGCUGAAGAGCCGGAGAUGGAGCAAAACAAUGGAACGAACCCAACUAUUUCAACGCGCGACUUUGCUGCUGUGGCAGCUGCACAGCCCAAUGCUGUGACGGCAUGA